AUGUACGAUCUCUAUCGAUUCGCUUGCUCAGCUUCACUGGAAUUCUUGAAAUUCUUGACUACCAGGCCGCUGCCAGACGAACGACCCCGUGCAAGCGUAGCGAAUCUCAUCGGGCGAUUUGAGCAACAGACGAAGCGUCAAUCGAUAGCUGGGACUAACGGUGCACCGCGCCCUUCGAUCGUCAGUGCACAAAACACAGGUGACUCGGCGAAGGAGGAGCCAAAGGAGAGGGACAAGCGGGAAUGGCCUCCGAGGCUAGUGCAGGAAGAUAAGCCCACACAUUCGCUACUUUCAUCGCCUCCAUCGGCCGGGGAACCCCCCCAGGUAGUCGCCGAGCCGCUGCCUGCACCCACACCGGAGGUUGCCACAGAAGAAUUGGUUCCUGAGCCUCAAGUUCCUGCAAGCCCACCGCGUACAACGGCUUCAAAGAGACAGUCAAUUGUCGGUACACCUUCCAAGUCCUCAUCGACAGCUCCACGUACGCACACAUCACCGGUGAAAGUUCCCCCUGCCAAAGAGCUGCGUAAGGCACCCUCCGCUGCCAAAUCACCUCCCACAGCUCCCGUUAACCUUCCCGUUCCGACACUCAAGCCACAGCACACAGGUCAAUCCACAACGUCUACAACCGCUCGCCGAUCGGUCGCGAAGGCAUCCGUUGGUACCCCUUCGCGUCCGAAGACACCCUCGCGUGCUAGCUUGGGUCCUUCGAAAGUCCAGACCCCUACAAGGCCUAAAACACCUUCCACAACAUCGCGUCCUAAGACCCCAUCCCACUUAUUUGCUCCCACUGCUGCGUCGCUUGCAAGGGCACGUAAUGCGCCCGACGCGAAGCCUACGCCGGUUAAGAAGGCAACCCUGAGCGCAAGCGCGGCAGACAGGCUCAGCAAACCUACGGCUGCCUCUCUGUCGAAAGCACGCUCGCCAGUACCUAUAUCCCCGGCCCCUUCUCGCGGUGGCGCGAAGCCUACUGGCACAAGAUCAGUUAGUUCAACCCGUGGUACAGCCAAGCCAAGAGGUGGUGCGGUCGCACCGCGAUCGAAGGCUGAUGGGGCCAAAACGGCGACGAAAGUUGCCGGAGCAACUGCUGCGACGGCGGCAGUCGCUGGGGCUGUGGCGACUGUUACUUCUGGAUCGGAAGAUGAAGAGGGCGCACAGAAAGACACCGAGGCUUCCUUGGAGCCCGAGGAUGAUGCGCCAAUAGAGGAGCUACACGAACUUGAAGCAGAAGCUGUGAUAUCACCAGAGCCAGUUGAGGCAGUACCAGAGAUACCGGUCGAAGCAGAUGUUGUCGUUGAUGAAGUCGUAGAAGAACAUCCCCAGGUCGAUUCUAUUUCCGAGUCGGAGAACGUUCUUGGCGGCAAUGAGACAAAUUUAGAGAGAGAUGCUGGGUUGGAUUCGGAUGUCGCGGAUAUACAGCCAAUCCCCACUGGAAGCGAUAAGACCGCCGUGGACGACCUCGAGGAACUGUCUUCCGAUGCUGCCGACCGUAUGGAUGAAGUGAAAGCCCGCCCGGCGCCCGACGAUGAUCUUGUCGCGAUGGUCAACAUGUUAGAGAGUAAACCCACUACCACUUUUCGUCCAGAAAUUGCGGCGGGUAUUCCCCAAGAAGAUGUUCAGGAAAUUCCGGACGAGGAUUAG